UUGAAUCUCGAUGUAACGUAUAAGUGCUGUCUAAAACUUUAACGAAUAUCGUUUGAUAUUUUAUAAACUUUGAGGGAUUUUUAUAUAUUUUCUACAUAAUUUGUGUCAUAUAACUAGUGCACGGAUAAUUUGUUAAGUGUUUUCAAAGUAGUGCCUCGAGAUGACGUCCGAAAAAGGAGGCAGGAAAGAAAAGAAUCAGAACAUUCAAGUGUUUGUUCGUUUGAGACCUCUAAACCAGCGAGAGAGAGAUAUAAGAUCUCUUGGUGUGGUGGAAGUGGUCAGUGGCCGGGAAGUUGUGGUCCGUCAGUCGCAGCAGACCGCUCACACCAAGAGAUUCACCUUUGACAGAGCCUUUGGUCCUAACACUAAACAGGUGGAAGUAUACCAAGAGGUGGUAAGUCCCCUGAUAGAGGAGGUGCUGGCAGGCUACAACUGUACCGUAUUUGCCUAUGGACAGACGGGCACCGGAAAGACUCAUACUAUGGUCGGUGAGAACACUGGCAAUGAGACAACAUGGCAAGAUGAUCCCCUGGCUGGCAUCAUCCCGCGUGCCCUCAGCCAGCUAUUUGACGAGCUCCGACUCACUAAUACGGAGUACACAGUCCGUGUCUCAUAUUUAGAGCUAUACAAUGAGGAACUGUUUGACCUGCUUUCCACAUCUGAAGAUAAUUCCAAACUGAGGAUCUAUGAAGAUGUUACAAGGAAAGGAUCUAAUAUUGUUAACGGCUUGGAGGAGAUUACGGUAUAUAAUAAGAAUGAAGUAUACAAAAUAAUGGCGCAAGGACAAGAGCGCAAGAGAGUCGCCUCCACACUCAUGAAUGCACAGUCAAGCAACUCAAAUGAAAAGCUAAACUCGAAGCAGUUUCGGUCGCACACGGUGUUCACGAUCGUGAUCCACAUGAAGGAGAACAGCCCCGAGGGCGAGGAGCUGGUGAAGAUCGGCAAGCUGAACCUGGUGGACCUGGCGGGCUCGGAGAACAUCAGCAAGGCUGGCUCCGACAACCCCGCGAAGCGCGAGCGCGCCCGCGAGUGUGUCAACAUCAACCAGUCCCUGCUCACCCUCGGCCGCGUCAUCACCGCCCUCGUCGAGCGCCACCCCCACAUCCCCUACAGGGAAUCAAAAUUAACCCGCAUCCUACAAGAGUCGCUGGGCGGUCGCACAAAGACCUCCAUCAUCGCGACCGUGUCUCCCGGACACAAGGACCUGGAGGAGACGAUGAGCACGCUGGAGUACGCCAACCGCGCCAAGAACAUACAGAACAAGCCCGAGAUCAACCAGAAGAUGACCAAGAAGGCCAUCCUCAAAGAAUACGCGGAGGAAAUCGACAGGCUCAAGAGAGAUCUGCAGGCCGCUAGAGAUAAAAAUGGUGUAUACCUCGCCAAUGAGACAUUCACGGAAAUAAUGCUGAAACAAGAGGAACAGAGGAAAGAGAUACAGGAACUCCUGCUGAGGAAGAGAUCUGUAGAAGAGGAGAGGGAGAGGAUGGAGUCCAUGUUCAACUCUCAGGGUCAGGAGCUGCAGCGACAGCAGUCAGAACUCAACAUGACCAAGAAUAUAUUGAACAGUACUAAAGAUAAACUUGUUGAAACUAAAAAUAUGCUGCACAGCACGCAGCAGGAGGUGGAGGAGCAGAAGCACCUGGUGUCGUGUCACCAGCGCACCGAGAGCGGGCUGAGCGCGCACGCCGCCGACAUCCUCGCCGCCGCAGACAUGGCCACGCAACAUGUCUACUGCCUCCAUGAUAAUGUUGAUAAACGCAAAGUGGUGGAGCAGAGCAACCUGGAGGUGCGCAGCGCGUACCUGAGCGCGGCGCAGCGAGUGCGCACACAGAUGUCGCAGGCCGCCGACACGCUGCGCACGCGACAAGCUGACACCUUCGCUGACAUGCAGCACGCGCUGCAGAGCCACACCGCGGAGAGCGUGCAGAUUUGCGCAGACAACAGGGCGAGGAUGCAGCAGCUGAUCGCGCAGACCACCGAAGCCAUGAACAAGAUGUCAGCAGUGCAGAGCGAGGCGAGUGCCGAGGUGCGCAGCAGCAGCAGUGCGCAGCAGCGCGAGGUGCGCAGCGCGCUGGCGGCGCAGUGUGCGCAGCUGCAGGCGGCGGUGCAGCGCGCAGCAGACACCGCGGCGGAGGCGCUGCUCACUGCUGCGCAUCUCGACAUGCAGACACCGCUCACUACAUACUUGGACCAAUGGUACACGAGCAUGUGCGCGAGCCUGUCCGCGCUGCGCAGUGGGCAGGCGCAGUUCGCGCAGUGCGUGUCGAGCGGUGCGCAGACACAGACGAGAGCCGCACGCCGGCAGCGCGCCGCACGUCAGGAGCACGCAGACCGCACUAACGCUGCUAUCAAUGCACGGAUUGCGCUUAUAAUGGAAGAUAAAGCAAACAUAGAACGACAGAUAAACGAACAGUUGGAAGACAUAAAAAGAGAAAGAGCAGAAAUGGAGCUCCGUUUAACUGAAUGGAUGGAAGAAGAGAGACGUCUUCUAGAAGAACGUAUCGCGAAACACGUUGAGAAAGAACGAACAGCUUUAGAAGAGAGGUUAAAGUCGAGGUUAUCGAGAAUAGAAGAGCAUAAAAAGAAGAUGGAAGAGACUAUAUCAUAUAAUUUGGAAUGGCAUGAAGCAUUGCUGAGGUUAAAUGAACAAGAGAAUGGAGAACUAGACGCUAAUAUAAAGGAGAAUGAAAAAGAAGUUGAGAAUUGUUUGAAAGAAGUGGAGAACUUUAAACAACUUUGUGAUGAAGGUAUGAAUGCGGUGUCAACAGAGGUAGACUCCUUGAGUGGUAACGUUCUGAAUGUUGUCGCUGAAGUUAAGAGUAAAAUGGUGGAUGUUGUACAAAGCGCCAAAGAUAAAGUUGAGAUGGAAAGCAAGGAAGCUAUAUCAAGCAGCCAGCAGGCGUCGGAGCAGGCGUGCGCCAGUGUGGAGCUGGCCAUACAGACCGCCGCACACCACUGCCAGCUGGCCAUCACUGGCAUGCUGGAACAGAUUAACGCAAAUACAACAUCGACGAUAGAAGAAGUGUCCUCAGUAUGCGAGAGCAGCGCGGCUCUGGAGAGUGUCAGCCGCAGUCACCUGGCGGAGCAGAGGUCGCGUCUCUCCGCCGCGCACACGCACGCUCACAACUUCUACUCCGCGCUCAGGCAUCAGAUGGAUCUGCAGGAGGAGGCGGAGCAGAACUGUCUCAAGGAACAGUACAAACUUUACUCGCCUACUGGUCGUACUCCAGCGCGUGCGCAGUACCAGUACCCGCGCAGACUGCCCGCCACCUCCCCGCACGCGCGACUCCUCGCUCGCUUCCGCGCCGCACGACUCGCCACGCGACAGAACAGUCGCGAACAUGAUCAUGAAGAGUGUAUAAUGGUUGAAUCAGAGGAGACGCGAGCCCAGAGCGACUGCGAGUCCUCCAGCUCCGAGGACUCCGCCGUCGUGUUCGUGGCGCCUUCGCCCCCCGCUGAGAUUGCACCAGCUGACCAUCCCCCGCUCAUCAAGUGCACCUCGGAAACUGACAUUUAUGUGCGACAGCGUCAACAACAUCAACAAGGCAAGGAGAAUGUGAAUCGUUCGAUGAGCUUCAAGAAGCCAUCCAAACUGCCCGCACCUGCACACGCACCCGCCUCCGGGAAGAAACCUCUGUGUGAUCGCAACGCAUCCUGACAACAUACACUCAUCAUUUAUAAUAAAUAAAUAUAGUAUUUAAGUAACCUUUGUCAUGUUGUACGUUGUUUAAAAAAUAUUUUAUGCAAUUAAAAAGCACAAAAAUCUACAUAUUACGUAUAAUACGAUUCAAACUUUAUAGAUGUUUGUUGUUGCAAUAUUAAUAUGAGUGUCGAAUGUCAAAGCUCUUGUAUUAAAACAUGCCAUCUCUCUUAUUCUCUAUGGAAAACCAGAGACAACACAACUUUUAACCACCAAUUGUAUGGCUUCAUAAUUGGUGAAAUAAAAAAAAAUAUUUAAAAAUAGUAUUUUAGCUUUAGAAAUCAGGCAAAAUCCCACCUGAAAUUUAUAAUUUGUUUGACCAAACGCUUGUCAAUUUGAUGAAACGAGGUAAAUAUACACAAAUACAUACCCAAUAUUUAUGUUAUUAUCUGCUUUUUAACGUGAUUUGUACCCAAAGAUCAUUUUCCUUGCUUUUUUUCCUUAAUCCAUUUAAAAUUCUAAUUAACUCAUUAUAAUUUUGAUGAAAAAAAAACUGCUAGACGGUUUUAAAAGUAAAAAAACAGUAUCCUUUUUUAUAUUAUUUAGUGUAAAGGUGUGCCCACACUUGAGUGUUUGACUCACGAUUGUCGUGUGUGUUCACCUUAAUCAUUUUAAU